ACCCUAGAUCAUUGAUGAGUAUACGCCAUCCUUGCCAAGCCAAAUCGAUUACAAAUGUGAAUGCUGGAAGCCAUUCCUUUAUUCUCGUAUAUCUGGCCUUGAGGUUUUACAAGUGCAGUACUGCUACACUUGUUCUGCUGGGGUCGGCUGAUCCCCCGGAUUGCUUUGAAAUCCAAUGGAUUGUGCCAUACUUGCACUUCCUCAUAUCAGAAUCCUUCGGCAGGAGACAAGAUUAGUAUUUAUGAUGGAACAUGUGAAUACUAAUCGCGAUUAUUGACCCUCGACAGACCCCAAGGAUCAGUAUUAAAGCAGACGUAUACUGUCCAUGAAGCAUUUCAUAUACUCUGUUAAGGAUCCCCAAACCUUGCAAUCAUAGCUGAUCAUAGCAAUCAUGUCUACUCAGAAGGCUAUUGUCGUUAAUGCUGUAGGCGAGCGCGCCGUCGUCGCCAACAAGCCCAUUCCACAGCCAGGUUCGAAACAAGUCCAAGUUCGAGUCACAGCGACAGCACUCAACCCUCAUGACCAAAGCGUUCGAGACCGAGGCCUGUUCAUGGACUUCAUCGACCCUCCCGUCACACUGGCCAACGACAUAGCCGGCAUUGUAACGGCUACCGCGCCCGAUGUGACUAAACUGAAGGUCGGCGAUGCAAUCUUCUGGCAAGGCUCAUUGCUCCCGGGAUACAUCCAGCAAGGACUCCAAGAGUACGCGAUUGCGGAUGAAGACUUCGUUUCAAAGAUCCCCGAGGGCUUCACCAUCAACGACGUGCUUACCCUUCCUACGAAUCUCAUCGCGAGCGUAGUUGGGCUCUUUGGUACCAAGACCGGACUUGGCAUACCGGCGCCCUGGAAAGAGGAUGGGAAGUCCAUCAAUUAUUCCGACGUUACCGUCUUGAUCAUUGGAGGAGGCAGCAAUUGCGGCCGUUUCGCCGUCCAGCUUGCAGGUCUGGCUGGCUUCGGCAAAGUCGUAGUCGUCGGUGGCAGCGAGGAGCAGUUGAAGCCAUGGGGCGCCACCCACGUUAUCGACCGACACGGAGGGCAUGAUGUUGUUCUCAGCCGCAUCCGGGAGAUCGUGGGUGAUGAUCUGCUGUACGCGUACGACGCCGUCAACCCGGAUGAGAACCAGCGGCUAGGUAUCAAUGCUCUUUCAAGUACCAAGAGAGGCAAAUUUGCCCGCUUGGUUCGCAGAUGGGAGAGAGAUGAUAGUAUCUUGAACCCGAAACAGAACGGAUUUGAAUUGAUCAAUGUCUUCGGGUCGAGCCAUGUGGUUCCAGACAUUUGUGCGCCAUUGUGGGCGAAGAUCGGGGAGUACCUGCUAGAGGGAAAGAUCGUACCGCUUCAGUACGAAGUCGUUGAAGGACUAGAUGUUGACAAAGUGAACGAAGUAUUGGAUGGAUACAGAGAUGGGAAACGGGUUGUACAAACACACUUCCGGCUUUCUCAGUAGUUUAGCUGUUGAUUUGGACAUAAACUAAGUGUUUUUUUUCUCUCUCUCCGGAUUUCAAUCUUCUCAAUUAGCUGCGGCACUACCAAGAGAUGAUGAAGGAAUUGUUAUAAAUGACACUAGUGAGAACAUAAUCUAACAGAC